AGGAGCUCGACGCUCCCGUCAACAUCAUUGUGCGCCUCAGUGGAGACGUGGGCGCCGCCGUCAAGGAGAAACGACAACUGCAAAUUAACCUCCGUCUGCUCCGACUCGUGGGCUCCGGUAUUGAGUACACCAGCACGGAACAGGACGACGUAGACGGCCGUACCGCCACCGGUCGUACCGCCACCGGCCGUACCGCCACCGGUCGUACCGCCACCGGUCGUACCGCCACCGGCCGUACCGCCACCGGCCGUACCGCCACCGACUUCAGCACGAGCGGUGCGGGAUCCGAAUGGUCCAAGGCCGAAGGGUCUAAGAAGGAAGGGUUAGAGCCGGAGGAAGCCGGUUCGCAGCCGUUACACCGACGAAUAUCGACAGCGGCGGGACUGGAGGCAGUGAAAGAGGAGCUGGAGAACUUUCUGUUAGGAGUUCAGAGAGUGUGUGCGGAGCGGACGAUGUUUGCAAUUUUGCAGAGUCAAGCGAUGCGUGCGUUACGAGAGAUGGCGGCACCAGCGGUGGAUGAUGAGUCUCUGGCGGCGGUGCUGAGUCGGUUAAGAGAGUCGCGAACGGUGAAGGCGGAGUUACUGCCUGGAAAUGUGGUGCUUGUGAAACCGGUAUUGCUUUCACCCGAUUCGCGCAUGUUCCGUGUCAGCAGCACACCCAGUCUACACGUGGUGCCAGCCUCAUGGUCGAAAUGGGUAUUAUCUGGGCCCCGCAAAGGUGGUAACAGAGAUCGGCCGCUACUCUACGCACUCGCUAAAAACAUCAUGUCCGUCCGAAGCUGCCGCUGCGAUCAAGUGCGCAUCGUUCUACACGAUGUACCCAUCAUGUUCAACCAACGGGCUGCCGCCGCACAUGCGGACAUUGAAGUGAAAAUCAAAUUCGCCGAUCGCACCCAACCUAACAACUCACAACCCUGCGGCCCAACCGGUUCCUCUCAAGGCGGUCCUGACACGCCGCCCAGCCCGUCGGAGGCGCUGGCCAAGCUGCAGCGGUACUUGGAGUGGCUCGGCUGGAUGGCGGUAUGCUUUGUUCGAAACCAGUGCCUCUCGGUGCUCUCCAACGAAGAAGCACUCCGCACCGUCUUCGACUUGCACCACGCCACGCUGCCCGGCCUCCGCGUCCGACAUCAAGGCGCCCUGCUCCUCAACAACCUCGUCUCCUGGAUCGUCAGCCAUGCCGCAAUGCACCAGUACAACGACAACACUUAG